AUGCCCAAGUCUCUCCGUGGACGUGGACAUUUCAAGCCGGAUAGUGGCGUGCAUGGUAUUCUGACGGCGCCAUUGAAGUCGAAUCAUUCUCGUAUGAGACGGUCUAUCUUGCCGACUUUCUCAGACAAAGCGUUGCGGAGCCAGGAGACUUUCGUGCAUACUUACGUUGAUGAUUUGGUUUCGAAUCUGAAGAUAUGUGCUCUUGAAAAGGAGCCUAUUGAUAUACAGGGGUAUUAUAAUUUUACCACUUUUAAAUAUCAUUGGAGACCUGGCGUUCGGCGAGUCCUUCAACUGCCUGAAAGAAUCUAA